AUGAGAUUUGCACCAUUUUGUGCUGCAUUCGUGUUGUUCAACCUUGCGUCACCGUUGAAACUUGACAACUCCGAGGACCUAAAAAGAUCGCUCUCCAAAAUCAAAAACCAUGGGUUAGUUGAAAGAUUUGAACUAAACCCGAAUAAACUCUCAGAUGUGUUGUCACAGGAAGUAGAUGACAAGAAGAAACCAGAUAAAGAUUGUCCCCCAUGUUUCAAUUGUAACUUACCAAACUUUGAAUGCACGCAAUUCUCCCAGUGCAAUACCUUCACGGGUAUGUGCGAAUGUCAGCCAGGCUAUGGAGGACUAGACUGUUCUGAACCACUAUGUGGAUCCCUUGCUGAUGGGAACAACAAAAGGCCGAUCAGAAAGAAGGAUGUUUGUGAGUGUAAAUCAGGUUGGUCAGGAAUCAAUUGUAAUUUAUGUGAACGAGAUGACGUUUGUGACUCGUUCAUGCCCGAUGGAGUUAAGGGAACAUGUUACAAGGAAGGAAUUAUUGUCAAUAACUUUCACCAAAUGUGUAAUGUCACCAAUGCAAAAAUCUUAGCUAUCUUAAAGGGCAAAAUUCCUCAAGCCACGUUUUCAUGCAACAAAACUUCUGAGAAUUGUAAUUUCCAAUUCUGGAUUGACCAAAAGGAAUCGUUCUAUUGUGAUUUGAACAAAUGUGUCUUGGAUUAUGAUUUAGCUCAAAACACCACUCGCUACAAUUGUGAAAAAGUGGCCUGUAAGUGUUUACCUGAUAGGAUGUUAUGUGGAGAAGCCGGGUCAAUUGAUAUAUCUGAGUUCCUUACUGAAACCAUUAAAGGACCAGGUGACUUCACCUGUGACGUGGUUAAAAAGAAAUGUAGGUUUUCAGAACCUAGCAUGAACGAUCUUAUACAAAGUGUGUUUGGAGAUCCUUACAUUACCUUACAAUGUAAAUCUGGUGAAUGUGUUCAUAAAAGUGAAAUCCCUGGAUACAACCAGCCUGAUACUCCAAAACUUACCUUGGGUAACAUAUUCCUGAUUAUUGGUGUGUUGUUAGUAUGUCUAUUAUUUGUGGUGACCAUUAUUAGAAACAUUAAUGAAUCGGCUUUGUUCAAAAAAAGUGAUGGUUAUGAACCACUUCCAACUGAUUCAACCGUCAUGAUGAAUCAAAACUUCGAACCAACCACUCUUUCCUUUGAAAAUAUUAGUUACACCGUUGGAGAAAAGGAUACUCGGGUUUUGAACAAUAUCUUUGGUAUCGCAAAGCCUAGGGAGUGUUUGGCUAUAAUGGGUGGAUCUGGUGCUGGUAAAACCACUUUACUAGACAUUCUCGCGGGAAAGAAUAAAGAUGGUAAGAUUUCAGGAAACAUAUAUGUCAAUGGUAACAUCAUUGAUCUCAAACAUUACAAAGAAAUUGUUGGUUUCGUAGAUCAGGAAGAUCAUUUGAUACCUACGUUGACAGUUUAUGAAACCGUUUUGAAUAGUGCAUUAUUGAGGUUGCCAAGAGACAUGACCUUUGAGCAAAAGCAGGCGAGAGUUUUGGAGGUGUUGAAUGAAUUACGUAUCAUUGGCAUCAAAGAUCGUGUAGUUGGAUCUAGCUUCAAAAGAGGAAUCUCUGGAGGUGAAAAGAGAAGAGUUUCUAUUGCAUGCGAAUUGGUUACAUCACCCUCCAUUUUGUUCUUGGAUGAACCUACAUCCGGUUUGGAUUCAUACAAUGCUAGAAAUGUUGUUGAUUGCUUGGUCAAGCUUUCAAGGGAUUACGAACGUACCAUAGUUUUCACAAUCCAUCAACCAAGAAGCAAUAUUGUCUCCUUGUUUGACAAAUUGAUCUUACUAAGUGACGGUGAUUUAAUCUUCUCUGGUGACAUGAUAAAAGCUAAUGACUUUUUUACAAAGAACGGGUAUAAAUGUCCUUUGGGUUACAACAUUGCUGAUUAUUUGAUUGAUAUUACUGUUGAUCAUAACAAGAUUGUCAAGGUUUCCAAUGCUGAUUCCAGUGUCGUGGCAUCUUCCUCCACUGGUAUCGAUGACGACAUCCACUCUGAGUUUUUGAAAAACAGAAGCUCGAGUCAAAUCGAUACAACUAGGGAAUGGGAACAUUUUGCUGUUCAUCGUGACGAAUACAAUACCGACGUUAUAGGUAGUCGUGUUACUUCGACAGGUGAGGAAGAGACUCUCUUGAGAUUGAGAAAUAAGCUACACUCAUUAUUUGUGGAGUCGUCCUUGGCUGCUGAAGUGCAAUCGGAAAUUGAUGAAGGGAAAGAAAAUCCAAAAGAGUUUGAUUUGAGUCACCAUGAUAUAAAGAAAGCGACGAUACUUGGACAAAUCCUCAUACUCUCCUCGAGAACUUUUAAAAAUCUUUACAGAAAUCCAAGGCUUUUGUUGGCUCAUUAUGUGUUGUCAUUGUUGGUGGGUUUGUUCUGUGGGUACUUGUACUACGACGUCAAAAAUGAUAUCAGUGGGUUCCAGAACAGAUUGGGAUUCUUCUUUUUUCUUUUGGCAUUCUUCGGAUUUAGCUCACUUACUGGAUUGCAUUCGUUCUCAACUGAAAGGAUAAUUUUUGUUCGAGAAAGGGCUAACAACUAUUAUAACCCCUUGAGCUACUACAUUAGCAAGAUCUUUUGCGAUAUCAUUCCCUUGAGAGUGUUGCCACCUGUCUUGCUAAUCAGUAUUGCAUAUCCACUUGUUGGUUUAACGAUGGAACACAAUGCGUUCUUGAAGUCAAUUUUGGUGUUGGUAUUGUUUAACGUUGUAGUUGCAGUGGAAAUGUUGAUUGUGGGAAUAUUGGUUAAAGAGCCGGGAACAUCUACCAUGGUAGGGGUAUUAUUAUUGCUAUUGUCAUUGUUAUUUGCUGGAUUGUUUAUCAAUAGCGAAGACCUAAAUGUGCAAAUAAAGUGGUUAGAAUGGAUCUCGGUAUUCCAUUAUGCUUAUGAGGCAUUGACCAUAAAUGAGGUCAAAGAUUUGAUAUUGAGGGAGAAAAAGUACGGUUUGUCAAUUGAAGUCCCCGGUGCUGUGAUUUUGAGCACGUUUGGGUUCAAUGUUGGUGCAUUCUGGAGAGAUGUUUCGUUCUUGGGUGGUUUGACUGCGAUAUUUUUGGCAUUGGGAUAUGUUUUCUUGCAUUUCUUCACAAUUGAAAAGAGGUAG